AAUCGAGUGGCCCAAACACAAUACAACCAACAAGGACAAUGGCGGACAACCUGCCCGUUCCCGGACAUGCCGAAGAAGUUGCGGCGCCGCCCGCCCCUGAAGAUGUCGCUGCCAUGUUUGACUUGAAGAAGAAGAGAAAGAAGACCACGAAGAAGAAAACCAAAGACGAUGCUGGGGACGCUGCCAACGACGAUGAUGCGGCCGCUGCCGAUGCAUCUGCUGCUACUAGUACGGACAAGAAAGAUUCUGGUGAAGCCGUUGCCAGCACGACCUGCACGUACACGUACGAAGAAAUGCUGGAUCGCAUCAUGAACAAACUGCACGAGAACAACCCGGAUUUGGCGGACCGCAAGAAAGCGAUUAUCAAGCCGCCGCAGCUCAUGCGUGUCGGCACGAAGAAGACGUUGUGGGUCAAUUUCCAGGAAAUCUGCAAGAUGAUGCACCGCAAUCCUGAUCACGUGCUGCAAUUCACGCUGUCCGAAUUGGGGACGGACGGUAACUUGGACGGGACGCAGCGCCUGAUCAUCCGCGGCCGAUACGUGCCCAAGUACAUUGAGUCGCUGCUGCGCAAGUACAUCACUGAGUACGUGACGUGCCAAAUGUGCCGCUCGCCCAACACGACCUUGACCCGCGACAACGUUACGCGAUUGCAUUUCGUCAACUGCCAAGAAUGCGAAUCGAGCCGCUCCGUCGCCGUCAUCCGAUCGGGUUUUCAUGCCACCACGCGUGCCGAUCGUCGGGCGGCCAAGAAGUAGGAACAAAAAUACAGAUGCGAAGUUGGAUACAACGUGCGGUUGGCCCUGUCGAGGCAUUGCUUGGGAAUCUCUCACAUGCAGUCACACCAUGCAUCCAUCCCAUGCACGACAUCAGGAAUGCCGCCGUUCUCAACAAGGGAGAAAUCCCUGCUGCUAUGGACUACUGCAGCAAGGAUGUGCAUCAUUCGAACGUGUACAGCAAUGAUCCCUGCAAGCAGAGAUGACGAUCUGUUGGGUCGUCAUGCCGUUCGAUGGAGGGUGUGGCUGGCUGAUGGAUUCGCGGCUGCUGUA